AUGAAUUAUAUGGCCGUUUUAUUCAUCCUGCCUUUGUGUCUAUUUUCAUUGCAGUGCGGAACUUUAAAAGUUCCCGACUCUUACUCCCAACGGAUCAUGGACAGCUAUCAUGUACAGACGCAUCAGCAGAACAGUUACGGCAGCAACUGCUCUAAUGCCACCAGCCGGCAUGGUGCCGGUACCGGAGCAACGACGACGACGCUCUAUACCACACCACACGCCUACCCGGUGGCCACGUUCAACUAUGCCACGAUGAGCUACGCUCACUCGGAGGGUGGCUCCGUAUCGCCACCACCAUCACCCCGUUCGAACAGCUCCAACUCAUCGGCGUACUCGUCGGCGUCGUCUACGGCCGCCUCCCUGUCCGUCUCGUCCGGUUCGUCAUCGUCGUCGUCGUCCGCUUCCUCGACCUCAUCGUCCUCGUCCUGUAUCUCAUCGGCUGGUUCGGAGACGGGCGCAUCGUACGAGCAUCUGGACAUAUCCGCCCAACGGUUGGCGGUGCUGUCCUUCGAACAGGUGAUGAAGCUGAACGACGUCAUGAACGAACCGGUCUCGAUACACGGCCGCGGCAACUUCCCAACGCUCGAGGUGAAGCUGAAGGAUCUGGUGAACAUUGUGCGGGAAAAGCUCGAGACGGACGUGGUCGCCGGUGGUGCUGGUAUGACGGUAAAGGACAUUCGUCUGAACGGCGGUGCAGCUAGUCAUGUGUUGGCGUCCGAGCCGCAGCCAUACAACGAUCUCGAUCUGAUCUUUGCCGUCGACUUCAGCACCAGCCGGAGUUACGAUCGCGUCAAGUCGGCGGUACUGUCGUCCCUGCUCGACCUGAUGCCGGAGGGUGUCGUCAGGCGCAAGAUAACGCAGUGCUCGCUGAAGGAAGCGUACGUCGGCAAGAUGGUGAAGGUGAACAGCGAUGGCGAUCGCUGGAGUCUCAUCUCGCUCGGCAACUCGCCCGGUCACAAGAAUGUGGAGCUGAAGUUUGUCGAUACGAUGCGCCGUCAGUUUGAGUUCAGCGUGGACUCGUUCCAGAUCGUGCUCGAUUCGCUGCUGCUGUUUUACGACUGCGCCGAGAUGCCGAUGAUCACGGAGAACUUUUAUCCGACCGUCGUCGGUGAGUCGGUGUACGGCGACUUCCAGGAGGCGCUCUACCAUCUGCAGAAGAAGCUGAUCUCGACGCGCCAACCGGAGGAGAUCCGCGGUGGCGGUCUGCUCAAAUACUGUAACCUGCUGGUGCGGAACUACAUGCCGGUCGAUCCGCAGCGCAUCAAGACGCUCGAACGGUACAUGUGCUCGCGGUUCUUCAUCGACUUCCCGGACAUCGGGCAGCAGCGCAGCAAGCUGGAAUCGUACUUGAAGAACCAUUUCUUCGACGAGGGCGAGGAACACCUGCAGCACCAGUACCUGAUGCAUUUAUUCGAGGUAGUCGAACAGUCAACCGUGUGUCUGAUGGGGCACGAGCGUCGCCAAACGCUCAUGCUGAUCGAGUCCCUCGCAAUGGAGAUCUUCUACCGCGACCAGCAGCAGCAGCAACAUUCGGCCGGUCUGAUCAGCACGGCCACCGCAGCGGCCAAUGUACAGUCGGCGGCCGCUCACACUCAGCAGCAACAGCAUACAACGCUUCAGCUCCAGACGCAAAUGUCCCAUCUGUCGCUGUCACCGCAGCAGCUCUCCCCGCAGUCACCCACGCUGAUGGCCCAUUCGCCGAACCAUCACCAUCAACACCAGGCGCAAUCCCAACAGCAGCAACAGCAGCAGCAGCAACAAACACAACAAGCAUCUCCACAGUGUCCGACAUCGGCACAGCAAGUACAAUCCCAGCAGUCGCAGCAGCAGACGCAACAGUCGGCGGCGAUCACCCAGACGCAGGCAAUCGCGCUGGCCCCGCAGCCGGGACUGCUGUACGCGAACGGAAUCUACUACGCACCGCUCAUUCCCUACACCCAGUGUACGUGUAACAGCUGGAUAACGACGUGAUUGGUGAGCCCGCUGCCGUCGGUGGCAGGCCCGGGUAGCAUUAUCAGCAUUGCAGGCACCGACCAUUCGCCGGAGUUAGCCGCCGAAACAUCACCAUCCCCACCAUCCACCCAGCCAGCACCGUCGCCGU